AUGUACCUAGUUAUAAACCUGACCAUAGCUGAUAUGUUUGUCGGAGGAUUUUCUCACUUUCAUCCAUUUCGACUCCUCUCACUUUUCUCAUUCGACAUUGUGAAAAUGAACUUAAGCCCGGAACUGAAUGUGAUAAUUAACUUUCUCUUCCCCUGGUUUCCUCUGACCUCUCUAACAAACAUUGCAGUCAUUUCAUUACAUCAGAUGCAUGCAACAAUUCGUCCCUUCAGGCAUCGCCUCAUCAAAAAGUGGGUCUACGGGGUAACAAUUGCUGGUGUCUGGGUUUUAGCUGCAAUGGUAUCAACUGUCACUUUAAUACUUGAGCAAUAUGGGAAGGAAUGGUCGUAUGGUCUUUACUUAUGGCAAUGA